GUCAGGACGUCACCAAAUCGGUUCUUCCGCUGCCGGUAGAGUGAACGUUAGCUGCCAAGAAGAAGAAGAAGAGAAAAAGCAGAAGUGGCAAUAACGUCGAAACAAUUACUGAUAGGCUUUUUUUAUGAUACAGGGUUACAGCCGAGAAAACUAAACAAUCGUGUCCAAGAGCUGUGAAAGUCAAUCCACUCAAGACCGACAAUGGCUGUGAACGUGUACUCGACCUCAGUGACCAGCGACAACUUAAGUCGUCAUGACAUGUUGGUCUGGAUCAAUGAAUCUCUACAGAUGAACCUCACCAAGAUAGAAAUGUUGUGUACAGGUGCUGCCUACUGCCAGUUCAUGGACAUGUUGUUUCCCAACUCUGUGCCUCUGAAGAAAGUAAAAUUCGGUGCCAAGUUGGAGCACGAAUACAUCCAUAACUUCAAGCUUCUGCAGGUUUCCUUCAAAAAGAUGGGAGUCGACAAAAUCAUUCCAGUAGACAAACUGGUGAAGGGGAAGUUUCAGGACAACUUUGAGUUUGUCCAGUGGUUUAAGAAGUUCUUUGAUGCCAACUACGAUGGGAAGGAGUACGACCCAGUGGAGGCGAGGCAGGGCCAGGACGCCAUGCCCACACCAAACGUUGCCACGUCAGCUCUCAACAAGCCACCUAAAAAGGCCAUCAGUCAAAGUCCGAGCUCUGCUCCCCAGAGGCCACCCGUUGCCAAGGUAGCGCCCAAGUUGGCUAACGUCAGUGCGAGGAAACCUGUGAUGGGAGGAGGCGAUGAGGAGAGGGCGGAGCUCAUGAAUGAGGUUGAGAUCCUGAAAUCUACCAUUCAGGACAUGGAGAAGGAGAGAGACUUCUAUUUCGGUAAGCUGCGGAACAUUGAACUGAUUUGCCAGGAGAAGGAAGGAGAGGGCGACCCCACACUGCAGAGGAUCAUAGACAUCCUCUACGCCACAGACGUGAGUUUCUGUUUUUACAAGACUGCAAUUCCCCCUUUAUUUAAAAAAAACAAAAAAAAAAAAUGUUGAUGGUUGAUUAAAAUU